AGUUGGAUCAUUUAAAAAGGGACUUCCGAAUAAACGAAGAAAGAUAUUUCAAAAUCUCAAUAAUACAUUGUCCAAAGACUUUUCUCACUUCUUCUUCUUGUUCUUCAAAGUUGUGGUGUGUAGCAGCAGCAGAGAUUGUGAAGCUUUUGCGGUGGUUUCAUCAGCCAUGGCUGCUCCGAUCUCAAAGUGCCCGCCGUUCGAGUUCGCCGGCGAAUACUACAGCGCGGCGGCAGCCGGCUGCGUGCGGCGGAGCAGCUUCUUCGACGACAGGGCUGUUCUUGAUCAGGGCGUUGGAUACUCUGUUAUUCUUGGCUUUGGUGCUUUUUUCGCCGUCUUCACUUCUUUUCUGGUAUGGUUGGAGAAUCAGUACAUAGGGAGUCGACAUACGUCUGAAUGGUUCAACACAGCGGGCAGGAGCGUCAAGACAGGCCUCAUUGCCAGUGUCAUAGUCUCUCAGUGGACAUGGGCUGCAACCAUCUUACAGAGUUCUAAUGUUGCUUGGGAGUAUGGAGUUAGUGGACCAUUCUGGUAUGCUAGUGGGGCUACCAUUCAGGUUCUUCUAUUUGGAAUAAUGGCUAUAGAGAUCAAAAGGAAGGCCCCAAAUGCUCAUACCGUUUGUGAAAUUGUAAAGGCUCGUUGGGGAACGGCUGCACAUAUUGUCUUCCUUGUUUUCUGCUUCCUCACCAACAUCAUAGUAACAGCCAUGUUGCUCCUCGGCGGUUCGGCCGUGGUUAACGCGCUCACCGGAGUGAACAUUUUUGCUGCAAGCUUUCUGAUACCGCUCGGAGUCAUCGUUUAUACACUGGCUGGAGGAUUAAAAGCCACUUUCUUGGCCAGCUAUAUACAUUCUGUGAUAGUUCAUGUGGUUUUGGUCAUAUUUGUGUUCCUAGUUUAUACAUCAAGCAGCCGGCUAGGGAGCCCCAGUGUUGUGUAUAAUCGUUUGAUGGAGGUAGCAAGCAAAUCCAGAAUAUGCCAUGAACCAAUUUCCCACAUUGGCCAAUCUUGUGGCCCUGUUGCUGGAAACUACAAAGGCUCUUAUGCAACAAUGUUGAGUUCCGGAGGGCUCGUUUUCGGGAUUAUUAAUAUCGUAGGCAACUUCGGUACUGUUUUCGUUGACAAUGGAUAUUGGAUGAGUGCAAUAGCUGCAAGACCCUCAUCAACUCACAAGGGAUAUUUGGUGGGAGGCUUGGUCUGGUUUGCAGUUCCAUUCUCUUUAGCAACUUCCCUCGGUCUUGGAGCGCUCGCCCUUGAUUUACCGAUUACUGCACAGGAGGCUAGUCGGGGACUCGUGCCUCCUGCCACGGCUAUAGCGUUGAUGGGGAAAGGAGGAUCUAUUCUUCUCCUUAUCAUGCUUUUUAUGGCUGUAACUUCUGCUGGUUCAUCCGAGUUAAUAAGCAUAUCAUCCUUGUGCACGUACGAUAUCUACCGAACGUACGUAAACCCUGACGCGAGCGGAAAAAGCAUCCUGAGAGUAUCAAGAGCUGUUAUUCUAGUGUUUGGAUGUUUAAUGGGACUGUUGGCCAUACUUCUAAACAAGGCAGGAGUUUCAUUAGGAUGGAUGUACCUUGCCAUGGGAGUGCUGAUUGGCUCAGCAGUUCUUCCUAUUGCUUUCAUGCUCCUGUGGAGUAAAGCGAAUUCGAUCGGAGCAAUUCUAGGAACUACCAUUGGAUGUGUUCUAGGAAUCGUUACGUGGGUCUCGGUCGCAAAGAUCGAAUAUGGAAACGUUAACUUGGAUACGACGGGUAGAAAUGCACCUAUGCUUGCUGGAAAUCUUGUAUCUAUACUCUCAGGUGGCGCUAUUCACGUCAUAUUUAGCCUGGUGUGGCCUCAAAACUAUGACUGGGAGAGCACUAGGGAGAUUUCAAUGGUUGAAAAGGACAAAUCUGAACUUCCAUCCGAAGAAUACAAAGAGGAAAAAUUGAUCAGGGCAAAAGUUUGGAUAAUGAAAUGGGGUGUUGGAUUUACCGUAGUAAUUGUUAUAUUGUGGCCUCUUCUGUCUCUUCCAAUAGGAGAGUUUAGUAAAGGAUAUUUCACACUUUGGGCAGUAAUAGCAAUAGCUUGGGGAACUAUUGGUUCUGCUGUAAUUAUUUUCUUACCAUUGAUAGAAAGUUGGGAGACCAUACAGAAUGUGUUGCUUGGAAUGUUUACAAACGAUCGACUCGUCGAGAAGGUCGAAGAAAUGAACCUGAAGUUGCAUGCUUUAGUCUUGGCUCUACCUGAAGCAGAGAGAAUUUACUUGCUCGAGAAGGAGAAGGCUAGGAAAAAGGAUUUGUUAGAUACAGAUACACAGGCUCAUCAUGUUUAGGGACCUAAACAGCUCUAAAUUUGUUCGAAAAGUUUGAUAUCUUUGGGCAGUCUCUGCAUCCUUCCUUCCUUGUCACUAAACCGUCAUUUAGGGACCUUAGAUGAUGAUCCGAAAAAAUCUCUCUUGUAAUUUCAAAGGUUUUUCUGACUCAUUUCAAGAAGGUUUAAAUCACAUUCGACCUAGAUUCUUCUUAA